CUUCUUCUUUUUUUUUUCUCAAAAUGGGGAGGGAUUUAUACAUUAUCGGCUUUUUGUCCUCUGGAAUCUUCCGUUCGUCGCCAUUUCAAUUGCUCCAUUAUUUUCAAUCCAUGUCUAUUUCCACCAAAAUUCCUCACCUUCUUCUUCACUACCCUAAUUCACCAUCCCUUAAAACCUUAAAAUCCCCUAAAUUAACCUUCUCUAGAUCCAUUACCAUUGAAAAAAUUUCAACAAAAUCAGUUUCUGCUUCUUCUUCUUCUUCUUCUUCACAAUCUCUGCAACCCAUUGAAGAAUUCCCACCAAAGCUUCAAGAAAUCAUCAAGCUCUUUCAAUCUGUUGAGCAGCCAAAAGCUAAAUACGAACAGCUCUUGUUUUACGGCAAGAAUUUAAAGCCGCUUGAUUCCAAAUACAAGACGAGUGAAAACAAGGUUCAGGGUUGUGUUUCACAGGUUUGGGUUAGAGCGUAUUUUGAUUCGGAGAGAAGAAGGGUUUUCUUUGAGGCUGAUUCUGAUUCGGUACUCACUAAAGGUCUUGCUGCUUUGUUAGUUCAGGGACUUUCAGGUAGAUCGGUAGAAGAAAUCGUAAAAGUUUCCCCUGAUUUUGCUGUACUUUUAGGGUUGCAACAAAGCUUAACUCCGUCUAGGAAUAAUGGGUUUUUGAAUAUGUUGGAGUUAAUGCAGAAAAAAGCUCUUCAGUUGUACGUUGAAGCUGAAGAAGGCGAGAGCGAAAUAUCAACUGCUGCUGCCUCCUCGACUGAGGGUUCAUCCAAUGGUGUUAAUGGAAAUGUUGAGUCUGUAGCUAUUGGUGACAUCAGUGCAAGUGUUGGUGGCGGUGAUGAUGAUGGGGGUGUUUUGAAGAGUAGAGGGAUGAGAAUUAAGGAGAAAUUGGAGAAGGAACUUAGGCCUAUUGAAUUACAAGUUGAAGAUGUAUCGUAUCAGCAUGCUGGACACGCGGGGAUUAGAGGCAGUGAUGAUGGAGAGACACACUUUAAUUUAAAAGUGGUGUCCGAUGAAUUUGAAGGGAAGAGUUUGGUUAAGAGGCAUAGGAUGAUUUAUGGAUUACUACAAGACGAGUUGCAGAGUGGACUGCACGCAUUGUCAAUUGAGGCAAAGACACCGUCUGAAUUUGAUCAUACAAUGGUAAGUUCGACUCUUGGGAGCCACCUAAGUUGCACGGACUCUUCACUUUUGAUGCCGCACCCGUGUCACACAGGAACCGACAUGCACCUGUUAACAUUGUUGAAGAGUCCGAGCAACAUAGGGAGCCACUUAUGGAGCAAGUUGACAGAUUAUUGAUGUUUUUCUUCUAGACUUUUGGAAACUUCCAGUGCUUCUUCUGAUUAUUAUUUGUAACAGUUCUACUAAUCAGUAAGGUGAAGAUAUACUAUGAAUUUUAUCCUUUCAAUGGACACUAGAAUUUAGGACCUUGGUACUCUACCGAUACACCUUUGUGGUUGGGCCCUUCCCCGGACACCGCGCAUAGCGGUAGCUAUAGUGCACCGAGCUGCCCUUUUUGGUACUCUACCACGACAUCGUCUGAAAUGUUCUCUUCCUCUUCAUGUUUUAUAUGAAAUCCAUACAUUA